AUGUCUGAUGGCAGAGAGGCUCUUACGAGCUAUGAACAAAUCCAGGACAAGUUAUCGUCUAAUCUUUCAGACGCGUAUAGAGGUGUAGGAGGACAAUUGAUUCGAGAAUCUCUAUUAGAAAUCGAUCAGGUUUAUGAGAAGGUACAAGCAGACAAGAAACAGAGGAAACAUAAUGAAGUGCUCUUGAAAGAUGCCGAGGCAUUCAGAGACGCGUCCAACUUUGCUGCCAUCAACUUCAAGAAUGUCAAGCAUGGUGAUGUUGGCCUAACAUUGACCAGGAAUGAGUUUCUAAAGCAAUUGAAGAAAUACCUUGUUAUUGAUGAAGGUGAUCUUGAUAUAGAUGAUGAAGAAGAUAUUGACAAUGGGAAUGCAGGGGUUAGCAAUGAUGAUGCAGAUUAUAAUGAAGACCACUCGUCUCGUAUCACUUCAAGCAACACGUUCUAUGAAUACAACUGGUUGAAAUUAGGCGCACUCUAUCUAUCAGUUAGUGACAAAUCAAUCUUAUGCGAUAGUCUUAACGGACCGUUGGAGACAGAAAAGAAAGCCCCAAUAACAAGAACAAGACACGCGAAUGAUAUUAAUAGAGGCACCCUGACGACAGCACUAACUAUUGACCCUCAAGAGAUAAUUAAGGAUGACCAAACAACGUAUGAUAUUGUGAAGAGCGUGUAUUCAGACUUCACUAGUGAUGCUGACAAUGAAGAAGGGAAGACAAUGAACUUCUUCAAGUUCUUCAUCAAUCCUAACUCAUUUCUGCAGUCGAUAGAAAACUUAUUUUAUGUUAGUUUUUUGAUUAAAGAGGGUAGAUUGAACCUAUUGAAGGACGACAAGGGAGUGCCUGUGGUUCGACUUGUUUCUGAGGAAGAAAGACUUCGUACUGUUGAAGAUGAUAAUACUACUGCGGGAGAUUAUGUUCAUCACAUUGCUUCAAUGGACUACGACACUUGGAGAAAGUUGAUUGAAAAGUUUAACAUCACUGAGUCUUUCAUUGAAGAGAGAGGUUAA